AUGAGGGACAUCGUUGAUGCCUCAGGCUUUGCAUUACAGUGUUACACGUGUACAGGCCAGGCCAGUAACACCAACUGUAUGACUGCAACCAACUGCACGGCAGCCAGUACUUACUGCAAGACCUCGGUGGUUUCUGGGGGAAUCGGUAGUCUGUCUGCGGCCACCAUUUCCAAAUCCUGUGAGUCCGUCUGCGUGGCAACCAGUUUGAAUGUUCUGGUUGUUUCGACUUCCGUGUCAUGCUGCAGCACUGACCUGUGUAACACAAGUGGGGCCACCAGCAUUAAAUCCGGCUACGCCAUCCUGGCUCUGUGUCUGGGUAUCUUCUUAACUCUGAUCAGAAACCCAUCUCUGUGA